AUGCCGAAGGGGCGGCGCGGCAGCCAGAGUCCCAAGAUGAGCCAGCGGCCGGCGCCGCCCCUCUAUUUCCCGUCGCUCUACGACCGCGGCAUCUCCUCAUCUCCGCUCAGCGACUUUAACAUCUGGAAGAAGCUCUUCGUGCCGCUGAAAGCGGGCGGGGCGCCGGCGGGCGGGGAGGCGGGGGGCCGGCCCCCGCCCCAGACUCCCUUCGCCCUGGAGCCUCCGCCGCCUCCCGGCCUGGGUCCCCCCAGCGAGCGCCCCUGUCCCCAGCCCUGGCCUUCCGGCCUGGCCUCCAUCCCUUACGAGCCUCUGCGCUUCUACUCGCCGCCGCCGGGCCCGGAGGUGGCUGCCUCGCCCCCGACUCCCAGCCCCAUGAUCGCCCCGCUCGCCUGUGUCCCUCAACCCGAAGAGUUAUGCGAGCUGGAGAUCCGGAUUAAGGAGCUGGAGCUGCUCGCCAUCACUGGGGACGGCUUCGACUCCCAGCGCUAUAAAUUUCUGAAGGCGUUGAAAGAUGAGAAGUUACGAGGACUGAAGAUCAGGCAACCCGGAAAGAAGUCGGCCUUGCUGCCCUGA